AUGAACGGCUAUGCCAUCUUCGUCUUCAUCUGGCGCGGCCAGAUGAUCGCCAAGAAGCGCCCCUCACAGUUCGACGACCGAAUUGGGCCGCUCGGCCUCUGCGCGGCCGUCGUCACCGCGCUCACCGCGAUCUUCAUAGUGAGCCUCGUGGACUUCAUCGAUUACAUAAGCCAGCCGCCGGCCGGCCCCGCGCCGGCGCCGCCGCCGGCGGCGUCGCCGGUGCUUGCGGCGAACGCGCUGUCUGGCCUGUUGAGCAUGGCGGUUGGCGGCGGUUACGGCGGCGCCGCGGGCGCGGGCGCGCUGCCGCUGUCCGCGUGA